UACACAGUAAGUGUGCAUCGACGAGCAAUAGCAUCGGCUCUUCAAACUUUGGCAUCGCACUUGUUCGGAGACGCUUCUUCGCCUUAUGUUAUCGGGCUAAUAUCAGACGCACUGCGUGGACGUGAAAGAACCACUUUGGCGCGCUUCAUUUCUCUUCAGCGAUCGCUAUUCGUGCCAGAUUUUGUGCUAGUUUUUGGUGGUCUUACGUAUCUAAUUUCAACUUUCUUUAUCGAACAAGAUAGGAGAAAAGCCAAUGAACUUAUACAUGGUGAGCAGCUCACAAUUGAGAGUAAUUCAGAUGUAUCACCACUGAUAGACGCCGUUGAGCAGUUGGUGCCGUCGACAUGA